AUGAACUCCCGUUUACGGGCCUUAGGUGGGAGGAUAAAUAACAUACGAACAUCAGAACUAUCGAAAGAGAAAACCCGAUCGGAGAUAAUCUGUAACGUUCACUUUUUGGAUGGCUCAGUACAAAGCUUCAAAGUUAAUAAGCAAGACACUGGACAGAUUUUGUUGGAUAUGACCUAUAACCAGUUGGGUGUGAUGGAGAAGGAAUAUUUUGGUUUACAGCAAAAUGAAACUUCAGUAGAUUCACCUCGAUGGCUUGAACCAAACAAACCUAUUAGAAAACAGUUGAAAGGAGGUUUUCCCUGCACCCUUCGUUUUCGUGUAAGGUUUUUUAUACCUGAUCCUAACACGCUUCAACAAGAACAAACCAGGCACUUAUUCUUCCUGCAAUUGAAGACUGAUAUUGUGGAAGGAAGGUUGUCAUGCCCCAUUAAUUCUGCUGUUGUUCUGGCAUCGUAUGCAGUACAAUCACAACUUGGAGACUAUAAUCCUUCAGUACAUCAUUCAGGAUAUCUGUCAAAUUACAGCUUUAUACCAGAGCAGAACAAAGAUUUUCUUACCAAAGUAGAAUCGCUACAUGAGCAACACAGUGGCCUCAAGCAAUCUGAAGCAGAGUCCUGCUACAUAAAUAUAGCACGAACACUUGAAUUCUAUGGAGUGGAAUUGCACAGUGGUAGAGAUCUCCAUAAUUUAGAUCUCAUGAUUGGGAUUGCAUCUGGUGGAAUUGCUGUAUAUAGAAAACUCAUCUGCACAAGCUUCUAUCCCUGGGUAAAUAUAUUAAAAAUUUCCUUUAAAAGGAAAAAGUUUUUUAUACAACAACGGCAAAAACAUAAUGAAUCCAGAGAGCAUAUUGUUGCCUUCAACAUGUUAAAUUACAGAGCAUGCAAAAAUCUAUGGAAAUCUUGUGUAGAGUAUCACACGUUUUUUCAGGCAAAGAAGACGCUACCUCAUGAAAGAAAGAUACUGUCACAUUAUUGGACCCUGGGUUCUAGAAAUCCAGCAAAGUCUGUAAACAGCCAGUACUGCAGAAAAGUGAUAGGUGGGAUGGUUUGGAACCCAUCUAUGAGACGAUCUUUAUCUGUUGAGCAUCUGGAGACCAAAAGCCUUCCUUCUCGAUCACCUCCUGUUACCCCUAAUUGGCGGAGUCCUAGACUACGUCAUGAAAUUCGUAAAGCACGACACUCAUCUGUAGAUAACCUUACAAACGAGAUUAGUUAUAUUACUGAAACAGAGGAUGUUUUUUAUACGUAUAAGGGCUCUCCAACAUCAAAGGACAGUGAUUCGGAGUUCUCUCAAAACCGUAGUCCACAGAGGAGAACCAAUUUUUCAUCCCUAAACAAUUCUCAGUACUUCUGCAACUCUUCCCGAACUGUUACAACCUCUUACUUUUUUGGGGGGGAAGGGGGAAAGACUUUCCAAACUCUUAAAGAGUUCGCUCAGGUUGCACAUCAUCAGGUCAGCAUUGUCACUUGGAAGAG